CGCUGAGUGGCAAACGAGGCUACUUACGACUCCACCAUGCGUGCCGGCAAGACGCUCAAGGAACGAGCGCCCAAGACUGACGAGCCGGCGCUGGCCGCCAGAUGAUGAACGACCUGAAGGACAAAUGGAACACAGUGUGUGCCAAGUCUGUGGAUAGACAACGCAAGUUAGAAGAAGCUCUUCUAUUCUGUGGACAGUUCAAGGACGCUUUGGAAGCCUUGUUGGACUGGCUGCAGAAGAAGGAGAAGGAGCUCGGAGACGACUCACCAGUGCAUGGAGACUUGGACACUGUCGUGGCCCUGGUCGACCAACACAAGGCUCUGGAGGAGGACUUAGCAAGCAGAGCAGCUCAGAUGGAGUCUGUGCGCAGAACUGGCCAGGAACUAAUGGAGAAGGCCAGCUCAGCUGACGCAGCCACCAUCCGUAGUCAACUGAGCGAACUCAACUCGCUGUGGUCUCGCACCAACAAGCUGGCCGAGCGCAAGAGCACUCGACUGCAAGAGGCACUCAAGGCAGCGGAGAAACUACACAAGCAGGUGAACAUGCUGCUGGAGUGGCUCUCUGAUGCCGAGAUGAAGCUGAGGUUCGUCAACUCUCUACCUGAAGACGACCAAGAGACUCGGAACUACCUUGCGGAACAUGCCAAGUUUAUGAGGGAGAUGAAUGAGAAAGAGAGAGAGAAGGACGCCACAAUCGCCCUUGCUCACCAGAUACUGGCCAAGGCGCAUCCAGACGCAGUGCCUAUCAUCAAACACUGGAUCACCAUCAUACAGGCGCGCUGGGACGAGGUGUCUACUUGGGCUAAACAGAGGGAACAAAAGCUGCAGCAACAUCUGCAGUCGCUGCAAGACUUGGACACACUACUGGAGGAGUUGCUCGCGUGGUUGGCAGGACUGGAGUCUACGCUGAUCACACUCGAGGCUGAGCCGCUGCCAGAAGACAUCCCCACCAUUCAACAGCUGAUUGUCGACCAUAACGAGUUUAUGGAGAACACCGCCACUCGCACCUCUGAGGUGGACAUGGUAUGCAAGAGCCGUCAGCCGCCCGCACUCACCAAGCAAGAGAGCGCUCGUAAGAUGUCCGGCAAGAAGAUGAGCACAACUUCGGAAGACGUGCGCGGCAGCUCACAAGAUCUGCACGACGUGACACGCAAAGCAAGUUUGAAGGCAUCAAGAGAUAACUUGGCGGAUCGUCGCGGAAGUCGAGCCAGCGUGACAACCCGUGAUAAGCAGCCUGACAAUCUGCCUCAUUACGGUCCUCGGUUCCCACCUAAGGGAAGCAAAGGUGCCGAGCCAGUGUUCCGCAACCCGCGCUGUCGUCUGCUGUGGGACAGGUGGCGUCACGUGUGGCUGAUGGCGUGGGAACGUCAGCGUCGUCUGCAAGAGCGGCUCACCUACCUGGAGGAACUGGAGAAGGUCAAGAACUUCUCAUGGGACCAGUGGCGCAAGAGGUUCCUCAAGUUUAUGAACCACAAGAAGUCACGUCUGACAGAUCUGUUCCGCAAGAUGGACAAGAACAACGACGGACUCAUCCCGAGGGACGACUUCAUCGACGGAAUCAUCAAAACCAAAUUCGACACAAGCAAAAUGGAGAUGAACGCAGUGGCCGACAUGUUUGACCACAACAACGAAGGCUUCAUCGACUGGAAGGAGUUCAUCGCGGCGUUGCGGCCCGACUGGCAAGAGAAGCCCCCCACCACCGAAGCUGAGAAGAUACACGACGAAGUCAAGAGGCUUGUUAUGCUGUGUACUUGCAGACAGAAGUUCAGGGUGUUCCAAGUGGGAGAGGGCAAGUACAGGUUCGGUGACAGUCAAAAGCUGCGUCUGGUUCGUAUCCUGCGCUCGACUGUGAUGGUCCGUGUCGGCGGAGGUUGGGUUGCGCUCGAUGAGUUCCUCGUCAAGAACGACCCGUGCAGAGCCGAGGAGGUUCUGAACAUUCUGAUGCCGAUAUUCGAGACGUUGAGGCAACAAGAGUCAUUGCCUUGUUCCUACCCGUUGGCUAUGGGUGGCCGGCAAUCCAUGGGUAUGGGUAUGCCCAUCACGGCAGCUUACACUUGCUCUGGGGGUCACUGGGUAAGGGAGCGCAGUGCUCGCAGUGUUCCGAUGGCCAGGUCCGGUCGCAUGUCAGGAACUCCUGACUCACUCAGUGACAACGAGAGCUCGCCACUGUACUCCCGCACUCCCAGGAAGGUGUCUACGCCCAGCGGACGACGGUCCAGUCUCACGCCAGGUGGCAGUCUGCCUGGUAGUCGCAACAACAGCCGACCUCCCAGCCGCACUGGCAGCAAACCUCCCAGUCGUCACGGCUCCAACCUCUCUCUUGCCAGUUCCGAUGAUGGAACACCUAGUCGUAUCCCGAGGAGGUCGUUGACAGGGACACGCUCGGCCAGUGGGUCGGCCACGCCGCGCAAGCUCACAGUACCGACCCUCAACGGCAGCGCGAGUCGUACGAGAUCACCGUCCGGCCUCACCACUUCCUCCGCAUCAACGGCGUCUGCUAGGUCGUCUAUACCAAGGGCAUCUAGCAUCCCUACCAUAGCAUCUAACUCCACCUCCACCACCCCUGCCAGCCGGUCUCGUAUCCCAGUCUAUGUCGGGUUGGCAAUGAUGGAUGCCGUGCCAGUUUCUUCUUCUUCUUCCUCUGGCUGGACUUCAGGAAUACCUACUCCUUCAUCUAACAUUCCUCGACCUAUAAGGACAAGAACUCCGUCAGGAUCAUCGACCCCGGUGCCGGGAGGUCUGUCGUCGACCAAGGUUACUCGUAAGCCAUCCGGCGCAUCCGACACUUCGACUGGCGCAGCUCGACGGGCGUCCUCCAAGUCUUCCACGCCUACAGACCCUCGCGCACCAUUCCGUCUCUGAACUCUCGCUCACUACUUUGAAUCUCCAACUACUUAAUAGAUUUAUGAUACAAAAAAUCAGCGUGGAAUAGUCUUAGAGGCUGUUCCGCUCGGAACUAAAAAGACAUAGUUUAACUCUAUUAAUAUUAUAUUACCAUUAGUAACAAGUAACUCGACCUACCGUGUACAGUCGUAACGAGUAGGAUAACGACUAAACAUUUUACGUUGCGAACGUAUAUGCUAAUUCGAAUAUACUAAAAGUAUUUUUUGCAUUGCGAACUAAUAUUGUAAAUACGAGAUUGGAUUGAGGAGAAACAAGUGCCAUUGCUCAUUCGUGAAAGAUUUUUAUUGAGAAUCAAAGCAAAUAUGUAUUUAAAUCAAAUGUUAUAUAGUGUUAGCUGUUAAUUUAUUAAUACACUUUUUGUAUUGCGUAGUUAUUUUCUAAGAGUUGGGUUAGUUACUUUUUUACAUUUUGGCUAUCCCAAGAAAAAGUGAUAAUUUUAUUUGUGUAUAUUGAGGUUUCUACAAAAGGCUUAGAUGUAAAUAUCAUUAAAGAUAGAAAGUCCUAAUAUAUAAACUCGUAGAGUAUAUUUUGUACAUUCGAAGCACCGUGUGCAAUGUGAACGAGUGCAAUUUUCAACAGUAAAACGCACUAUUGUAAUUAUUUUUUAUUUUUUGUUUAUAAUAGUUUUGUUUGUACAAAAAACACAGUCUGUCCAGAUGUUUGUGUUCUCGUAUCAGUUUUUUGUUAAUUCUAGUUGAGACAUUAUGUUAUUAUUUAAUACGAGUUUAAUAACGCUUAGUAAAUAACAAUUUCACCAACUGUUAA